CCCAGGGGAUGCUCUGUGAAGCGCGUGUCGCCGCAUAGUUUGGCGGAGAUGUUUCGCGGCAAGCUGGUGCUGGUGUUCGGCGACUCGCUCUCCAAGAACUUCGCCGCGUCGCUGCAGUGCAUGCUGCACGCCGCCGACUCUACCGCCGCUAGGUCGUACCGCCUGGCGCAGAAGAAAACCGCCGAAUGGGGCGUCGAGUUCCCGACGUACAAGAUCCGGUUCGUGUCCGUGUUCUCCAACUGGCUCAACAACGCCACCAGCCUGCCCGACAAGAACGGCAUCGAGCAGCACCGCAUCGACCUGGACGGCCUGGAUCAGCGCAUCAAGGACUUGCUGCCCAUCGCUGACAUCGUCAUCUUCCAGGCGACGGCGUGGUGGAUGCCGCCCAUCAACCGGUGGUACGUGGGCGGUAAGGAGGCGACGAUGAAGGCGACGGCGGCGUACGAGCGCGGACUGACGACUCUGCGGGACUACGUGGCGGGCAGCGGCGGCGGGUUCAAGGGGCGCGCCGUGGUGAUGGGCGUGUCGCCGUCGCACUACGACUUGCCCGUGGCGGGCGUCAAGAAGGGGUCGUGCAAAGUCAACUCCAUGCUCACCAGCGCGCAGACAGCCACCUUGCGCAGUGGAGACGGCUCCUCUAGUGAUCUGCGGGCCAUCCAGCAGCGUGUUCUCGGGGGGUCGUCGGUGGUGUACAUGGAUGUGAAGCCCAUGAGCGACUGGCGGCCCGAUGGACACAUCCAAAACUGGAGCGUCAAAGAUGCGCACACCACUUUGUGGUGCGAAACGACAUCCCCUCCUGCCCACGCUUCUGUCCCGUUGGGCGCUGUUCCCCUCCGCGCACUCCCCGUUUCCCCUUCUCCCGCAUUCACGAACUCCGUCCAUCCCUCUGCGCCAGCAGUGAAGUUCUCCCCCACUCCUCUUCACUCCCUCCCCCAACCUUGGCGCGCGCGAUCCCCGCUUCCAGCAAUGGCUGGCAGCUACCCGCCGAUUCUUCGAAUGCGCUGCGUGGCGCAGACGUAUGAUUGGGGCAUCAAGGGCAGUGGGAGCACGGUGGGUCGGCUUUACGCGCUGGGCACGAGCGGCAGCGCAGAGGCGGCUAAGGACGACGUGCCGUACGCCGAGCUCUGGAUGGGCACUCACCCCAGCGGGCCGUCGCUUGUGCUGCCGUCCGCGCAACCGGAUGAGGUCGAUGCCUCGUGCCCCGCUCUCGUCAAGGCCGACGUCGCAGCGGGCGAGCCGCAGCUGCUGCAGGAGUGGCUGGACGCGCACCCCGAGGCUCUGGGCGCCACGGUGCAGCACAAGUGGCCCGGCCAGCUGCCGUUCCUCUUCAAGGUACUGAGCGUGGCGAAGGCGCUGUCGAUCCAGGCGCAUCCGGACAAGCGGCUGGCGGAGCGGCUCCACGCGACGCAGCCGAAGAACUACAAGGAUGCCAACCACAAGCCCGAGAUGGCGCUCGCCGUCACCAACUUCGAGGCGCUCUGCGGCUUCGUCACCUCGCGGGAACUCCGCGAAAGCAUUCAGUCGGUGCCGGAACUACGCAUGGCCAUUGGCGAACACACGGCGGACAGCGUGUUGAGAGCCAGCAAGAACGGAGUCAACGGCGUCAACGGCGUCAACGGCGCUCAUGAAGCGCAGGAGUGUGCGGAGCGAAGGGCGUUCAAGGACGCGUUCAGAGCGCUGAUGACGCAAGACGGCGCCGUGAUUGAGAAGCACCUCUCGAGCCUCGUGGCGCGGCUGCAGGCCGAAUCCAAGGAGCGCGAGUUGUCGGACAAGGAGCAGCUGGUGCAGCGGCUGGAGCAUCAGUACCCGGGCGACGUGGGCGUGCUCUCCGCCUUCUUCCUCAACCACGUCACUCUGCUGCCCGGCCAGGCCAUCUGCCUGGCGGCCAACGAGCCGCACGCGUACCUGGCGGGUGAGUGCAUCGAGUGCAUGGCGGCGUCUGACAACGUGGUGCGAGCGGGCCUCACACCCAAGUACCGCGACACGGACACGCUCACCUCCAUGCUCACCUACAACCAGGGCCGCCCCCAGCUGCUCAACGGUGACCGCGUCACCCCGCACGUCACACUCUACACGCCACCCUUCGAGGAGUUUGAGGUCGAAAAGAUCACAGUGCCCCUCGGGCAGACAGCAGCCCUGCCAGAGAUAUCAGGGCCGUCCAUUCUGCUGGUGUUCCGCGGAUCUGGAGCCAUCUCGGUGGCCCCGGCCAACGGGCUGACCAAGGUGCACGGGUGCGCGGCAGCGGUGGCUGCGGCGCCGUCAUACGUGCAGGGCGUGCACGUGGGGGACAUCUUCUUUGUGCCCGCGGGGAGCAACAAGCUGCUGGCGUCCGCUGUGGUGGAGACAGAUGGGACACAGAAUGAGGAGGUGCUGGAGAUGUACCGUGCUCGCGUGAAUGCACACGUGUGCUGA